GUUGAAGACCGAAGAAAGUUGCUUGAAAUACAGUUUAGAGACCAAACGGGUCGUGAGUAGUUGAAGAGAUCAUGGCCGAUGUCAAUGACGUCAGAAAGGAUGAUGAUUCGGUGGAUGAUGAGGAGAAGCGGGUCAAGGUCUUUCUCUGGUGUAGCCCUCGCACAGUGUCGACAGCGUUCACGAAAUGCAUGAGUUUCAUCGAGGGAAUGGAGGUCUGGUCAGAGCCAUUUGUCUAUUGUUAUUUGUCGACCAAGGAAGCAAAGGCUCGUCUCAACGUCGACCUCCCUCUCACUCUCGAAGGAAACGAAGAGGUUUUCGCGAAGACCACGGAGCUGAUGCAUAAAUUUACAGGAUCUAACGUCAUCACCGAACGAAUCGUGUACGAUAACAUCAAACCCAGACUAGAGGGCGCAAGAGGGCGCCACGUUUUCGUCAAAGACAUGUGCCUCGGCAUCGGCGAGAAAACGUACCACUGCCUUCCCAGGGGCUUCAGGCAUACCUUCCUCAUUCGCACGCCAGAGAGAGCGAUAUAUUCCUUCAGAAACUCCUACUUCAAGCACAUGAAGUCCCAAGGCCUCCUGGAAGGUGAGGCAGCCGAGGCCGCGACCUUUGACCUCAAGCGUGAUGACAAACACGGGGACGGUGGCUACUACAUCCAGGCCGUCUAUGACUUCUGGAAGUACGUACGCGCGGAGCUCGAAGCGGACCCGAUCGUCAUUGACGCGGACGACCUCUUGACGCACCCUAAAGAGAUAAUUGCGAAGUACUGCGAGCUGGUAGGCCUGCCCUUCAGCGAGUCGCUUCUCCAGUGGGACCCGUCCUUGGAUACCUUCAAGACGUGGAAGCAAUGCGGGGACGACCAGCUGAUGCAGAUGGUGGAUUUCUACGGCAGGGCGAUGCACAGCUCGUGUUUCAUGCCACCGAGCACGCCUGUGUCACGUGAUAAAAUGACCCCUGACGUCAUCAAAGGAAUCGAUAUGACGAUGGCGGGGUACCUUGAAAUGUACGAACAUCGAAUCAAAAUUUAG